AUGACUUCCGAUUUUUUGGUUGGUCUUUCCCGCGAUCUUGCUCAACUUCUUCAAGAUGGUGAUGAUUAUAAUGUUAUCAUUAAAGCAGGAGAGGGGAAUAAUGUAAAAUCAUUUAAAACACAUUCGGCUAUUUUACGCGCUCGAUGUCCAUAUUUUCGGGCUGCUUUAUCUAGUAACUGGGUUCGUAAAGAAGGUGAUUAUACAAUAUUUAAAAAACCCAAUAUAUCACCAUCAGUAUUUGACGUAAUCCUAAAAUAUAUUUAUACGGGAACGAUUUUGGUUAAUCCUAACGAUCCAUAUGUCGAUAUUCUUGAAUUGUUGGUAGCUGCGGAUGAAUUGAUGUUGUUUUCUUUUAAAGGUCAUUCAUUGAUUCUUACUAGAACAAAAAACACAGAUUUGUUGGGCUUUGUAGGUGCAGAAUACAUCGAGUAUCUUAAUGAAAAUUUUUUGCAUCAAUGGUGUUCAAAUAGUAUUUCAUCAUUUGAAUAUUAG